AUCAAUCCAUUCAGUUAGAUUUUAGUGCAAACGAAAAGCAGAGGAAAAAAAGUGACUCAAACGCAAAUCACUCUCCAGCAAAGGAGCAGCAGCACCAGAGUUUAGUAGUUUGUUCUCUAGCAUGAAUAACUAGUGUACAAAGUUAGGUUGAAGAAUUUCCCCGAAUCAAUACACAGUGCUCAGUGCAAUCCCUUAGAAAUAAUAUUGUGAUUCCUUCGCGAGAAACCUCCGUAGUUCGUAGUUUUGUUCCGGAUUUGUUGUCCCGUAAAUUCCGAAAAUGUGUGUGCGCGUUUGCGAUCGCGUAACCGUAGUGAAUAAUUGAGCAACUGCGGAUACAAUCAAUUCCUCCGGUUUCCAAAAUUCCGCUGGAAGAAACCCGAAUUUCCUCCACCCCUCCCAUCGCGGGGAAGCCUUAUUAGGGCCGAAAUUGCUUUUCAUUUUUUUCGGUUUUACCAAGGCCGUCGUCGUCGUCGCUCUUGAGCAAGCAAGUCAUUCUCAGUCAGCAGUGUUGGAAGUGCUGAAGGACAACCGCGACGGCGGAACACGGAACGACAGCAGCUAGCACCGGGCCGACGACGGAACCAGCAGCAGCAGCAGUAUGUCCGUGGCGGGGAACUAUGACCACUACCACCGGAACAGCAGCCACAGCAGUGGCUCGUCCGGAGGUGGUCCCCGGGCGGAACGGUGCGCCUGCUGCGUCCGGACGAUGAAGUGGUUCCCGGUGCUGUUCAUAGUGGCGGUCAUUGCCUGGUCCUACUACGCGUUCGUGGUGCAGCUCACGUUUUUCACCGUCACCGGCGUACUCCAGAGGAUACUGUUUCUCCUUUUCUACCAUCUGAUUCUGGUGAUGUUCCUGUGGUCCUACUACCGGACCGUGUUCACCGACAUUGGCCGGGUUCCGGCGAGGUUCCGCGUGCCACGCUCCGAGCUGGACCGGCUGCUGCGGGCUCAGUCCGAGGACGAGCAGAAGCAAAUCCUCGAGGCGUUCGCGAAACAGCUACCGAUCGUGACGCGCACCCUGAACGCGUCCGUCCGCUUUUGCGAAAAGUGUCGCCUCAUCAAACCGGACCGGGCCCACCACUGCAGCGUGUGCGGCGUGUGCGUCCUCAAGCUGGACCACCAUUGCCCCUGGGUGAACAACUGCAUCAACUUUACCAACUACAAGUUCUUUAUCCUGUUCCUGGGUUACGCGCUGGUGUACUGUCUGUACGUGGCGUUCAGCACGGUUAUGUAUAUGGAACUGAUAUGGAGUGCCAGCGGGCGGGAGGGCAAAAUCGACGGUCGGUUCCACAUUCUGUUUCUGUUCUUCGUGUCGCUCAUGUUCGCCAUCAGUUUGGUUAGCCUGUUUGGCUAUCACGUCUACCUGGUGUUGCUGAACAGGACAACCCUUGAAUCAUUCCGCACGCCAAUCUUCCGGUACGGUGGACCGGAUAAGAACGGAUUCAGCCUCGGCAAGAUGAACAACUUCCAGGAGGUGUUUGGGGACAACAGGAAGCUGUGGUUCGUGCCGGUGUACACCAGCGUCGGUGACGGAGUGAGCUAUCCGGUUCGCUGCUACGACGAGGACGCGGAAUCGUUACUCAGUGGCGAGCUGGCGCCCUCCAACGGCCACAUGGGAGGCCGGAAUGGAGGUCAGCACAGGAAUAACCAUUAUCAUCACGCCAACAAUCGCAGCACGAUUUUGCACGUGAACGAAGAAGGGGGCGACGACGACGACGACGAGGACAACGAGUACGAGACGACGGUUUUCAGCCACUCGGCGAACCUGCUACACUGAUGGGCGGGCGGGACGUCUACUUAAAGCCGGUAAGUUUUGUUUUCCGGUGUGCAUUGUGAUGUGAAAGAAACAUUCCUUGAGGUUCUGGGAAGGACGGACAAAUUGACGUAAUACAUGUUUUUAGAUUAGGCAAAACCUAUUCUUCAAAAUUCCUAAUUGGUCUUAAGCUCCGCCUAUUUUCACCUUUGGCAGUUUUAGCUCCUCCUAGUUUCAGACCAUAGCUCCGCCUAUUUUAAACUUGAGUAAUUUAAACUUCUUUUAAAAACUACUUAUUUUAUGUUCUUGUAGCUGAAAUUGCAAUAUAUUAUUUUUAUGGUCUAGACUCCGCCUUUUUUUGUGAAGCAGAUCCGCUUUUUGAAGAAAUUUUAUAACAAUUGAAAAUUCGCAAUAUUUGCAACAUCAUUCUGUAAAAAGAAACUUCUUAAAAAUUGCAUCCACAGCCAAUUAAAAUGUUUUUAAAAUCCCAUUUUUUAAGCUAAUGAAGUUUAGGCUCCGCCCACUGCAAUGUCUUGACUUCUUUGGCCCCGCCUUUUUUCAAUUUUUUGAUUCCUGAAAAACCUUCUUUAUAUAUAAUUUUAAGCAAAGCUCCAACUAUUUUAAAAUGAUUGCAAUGCGUCUGAAAGCAACAUAAAUGCACACAUAAUAAAAAAAAAAUCGCAGGCGAUGACAUAUUUUGAUUGUUUAGGCUCCUCCCAUUUGCAAGCUUCUAAGCCAAGCUUCACCCAUUGCAAAAGCUAAUUAUUUUUUCUACUCAAAAUAAUUUUCAUUUUACCUUUCGUCAAUUUGUCUGUACACAAGCUGUGAACCGUUCCAGGAAAGUACGUUUUAGCAGUUAGGUUUAAUUUUAAAAUUAUUAUAAUUAAAAAAAACACCAAACAAAAAGGUGACAUCUUGCAAUAACAGUUUGCGCCGUACGUAGUUCCGUUUUAAGCCGAACACCUCCAAAUACCUCGUCGAUGCAUUUUUAAUUUGUGUUUUUAACGUUUAAUUUGUGUUUUAUUUUUCGUCGUAACGAAUACAAUCGCGAUUUUGCCAAUAAUGAUUAGUUAACAGGAAAGUAUUUUGUUGUGCGCCCGGUUUCUGAUCGCUUGAACAACAAUCAGAGUAAAAUAAUAAUAAUAAAUUUGAGCGAUUGCAAUAAGGAAAACGCAAAGUGUUACAAACAGACUGAUUGGCCGUGCGCGGCAAACACAGAUUUGUAGACAGCAGUUUCGGAGUAGUGAAACCAGUAAUUAAUUAGGAACAGAAGUGUUUCUCUAGGUACGAAUAGCAUGCA